AUGUAAAACGGUUGAUUGCGUGGACUACUUCACUUCUGCUACCUCCUUAAUGGAAGGUGUGGUCCUAGGGUUCAUAUGGCCUAUGAACCCCUUUUUUUGUGGUCUACAGAGGCCCUGGAGAUCACACUAUCAAAAUUUGGCAGCUAAGUAUCAAAUUGUGGAGAUGGAAAGAAAGAAGAACAGAAAACCAAAGAAAAAGCGUACCCAUCUGGGUGAGGAGGAGGAGAAGAGGAGGAGGAUGGCUCAGUUUCUCCAGAUGGAGAUCCCCAACUUUGGUAAUAGCAUCUUGGAAUGCCUGAAUGAGCAGCGGUUACAAGGGCUGUAUUGUGAUGUCUCAGUGGUGGUGAAAGGCCAUGCUUUCAAGGCACACCGAGCUGUGCUGGCUGCAAGCAGCUGCUACUUCCGGGACCUUUUCAACAACAGCAAGAGCACUGUGGUAGAGCUUCCUGCUGCGGUGCAACCUCAAUCCUUUCAGCAGAUCCUUAGUUUCUGCUACACUGGCCGCCUAAGCAUGAAUGUGGGUGAUCAGUUUCUGCUCAUGUACACAGCAGGGUUCCUGCAGAUCCAGGAGAUUAUGGAAAAGGGGACUGAGUUCUUCCUGAAGGUCAGCUCGCCCAGCUGUGACUCGCAAGGCCUGCACACUGAGGAGGCGCCUUCCUCUGAGCCACAGAGCCCCGUGGCACAGACAUCCACCUGGCCUUCCGGCAAUACGCCCUUACCCCUGGUCUCGCGUGUAAAGACAGAGCAACAGGACUCAGACUCUGUCCAAUGCACAUUUGUGGUUAAGCGGCUCUGGGAAAGCAGUCAGAAGGAAGGGAGUAGUGGCGGCAGUAAUGGCAGCCGCAAAAUAGCCAAGAUCUCCUCCCAGCAGGAGUUGAGCGGUGGGAACCGGCAGGUUCAGCAGCAAGUGCAACAACAACAACAACAACAACAGGUCCAGCAGCAACAACAGCAACAGGCUCAUCAGCAACAACAGCAGCAGGCAGCACUAACGGGGGGAGGUGGCGGGGCAGGCAUGGUCAGUGGCCCCAGUACUUCAGACCAGACAAGCCCUGGCACCUCCAGUGCUUACACCAGUGACAGCCCCAGUUCCUAUCAUAAUGAAGAAGAUGAAGAGGAAGAUGCACCCGAGGAAGGCUCCGAUGAGCAGUACAGACAAAUCUGCAACAUGUACACAAUGUACAGCAUGAUGAAUGUAGGGCAGACAGCAGAAAAAGUAGAAGCACUGCCAGAUCAGGUGCAGUCAGAGUCUCGCAACCGGAUACGAGUGCGGCAGGACCUAGCUUCACUGCCUGCCGAGCUCAUCAACCAGAUUGGAAACCGAUGCCAUCCAAAGCUGUAUGACGAGGGUGACCCAGCUGAGAAACUGGAACUUGUGAUAGGUACUAAUGUGUACAUCACUCGGGCGCAGUUGAUGAAUUGCCAUGUUAGUGCUGGGACACGGCACAAAGUGCUUCUCAGGCGGCUACUAGCAUCCUUUUUUGACCGGAACACCCUUGCCAACAGUUGUGGCACUGGAAUCCGUUCCUCCACCAAUGACCCCAGCCGGAAACCUCUCGACAGCCGAGUGCUGCAUGCUGUGAAGUUUUAUUGCCAGAACUUUGCUCCAAACUUCAAGGAGAGCGAGAUGAAUGCAAUUGCUGCUGAUAUGUGCACAAAUGCACGACGUGUUGUCCGUAAGAGCUGGAUGCCUAAACUGAAACUACUGAUGGCUGAAGGCGAUGCCUACACAACCUUCAUCAAUGACAGUGGCAAAAUGGAGCCAGACAUCAUGGGUGUGGAGCACAGCUUUGAGACCAGCAGCCAUGAUGGAGAUGCAGGCACCUCAGCCGAGGGCCUCCAGUGAAGUGUACCCACCUCUUUUUCCAGGCGAUGGUUUUUAAUUUCCUAAAUUUGAUUUUUUUUUUUUUUUUUUGUAGAAUUGUUUUCCACAUUUUCUCAUUUUCUUUUUAUUAUUGUUGGUUUUUUGUUUUUGUUUUGUUUUGGCAGAGGGGAAAGAAAGCAUUGUGCUAUCUCCUUUUUUUAAAAAAAACAAAGAUUCUUAAAUUUUGACCUUUCUUCCUCAGGCACUGCAAGUAGUUUGAGCUCAGAGGAGACCCUGCUGCUGCUGCUGCUGCUGUUGCAACUGCACUGGCAGUUCCGACUGGCAUUUCUUCUCUCCCAGCCCCUUCUUUUGUGACUCUUUUGAUUUAAAAAAAAAAAAUUUAGUGGGAGGAAAAACAACCAAAUCCACUUGCAGAUACACUAAGGAACACUACCUGUGUCCAGAAUACUACCUGUUUCCUCCAUCAUAUGUUUGUUUCCUGAUUAGGGCUGUAACUUGGACUAACCGUUACUAAGUCUUUCCUUCCUAGAGAAUGGGAAACGGGAGCAGGAAAGGGACUGAUUCUAAGAUUCCUGGGCUAUCACCUUUGCUCUUCUCAGUUCCAGUUCUGCCCCUCCCCUUCCAUUCUUGCUUAGGUACACUUAGGUUUUAGGCAAGGAGACAGUUCCUUUCCUUUCAUUCUCGGUAUCCUCACAACUUAAGUAUACUUGCAUGCAUGCACACUAAUGUCUGAUUUCUCACCUCUGAACCUAUGCACUUUCUCCAACUGUGGCACACAAUGAUCUCUCCUGUCAUUCGGAUCACUCUAAUCUCCACUCUGAUCAUGUAGGACACUAUGCUUGUUGCCUUUUUAUUGGCUCAGAGCCAGUAAAGAAAACACUAAACUUAGAGCUGAGAUUACCACUAUCCUCUAACAUAGUCAUCAUUUCUUCUAAGCCAGCUUCUUCUCUGAAAUGGUUUCUUUUAACACAAAAUGUGUGUGCAGGUUACUCAGUUUUCAGGCAGUUUGCAAUAUCGGACAUAUAUCCAUGCAGUCCGCAUAGGGCUCUUUCUCUCGGAGCUAAUAGUAACAGGUAUAUUUAUCUGUCUUACUGCUGCCGUAACUGGAAACAUUUUUAUAAUUUGCUUUUACAAUAUUUUUCACUGAAGGAUCAUUCCCUUCCAGUACACGCUCGAGGAUUAGGGAGCAGAAUAAGAAAUUCUUAUUCAACCCUUUCUCCCACUUCAGGUAGUUUGCCAAAGGCAAAUAUGAAGUUUACAAAACAGUUUUUGAUGGAUGAGACAAAGCCAAGGAAGAAAGCAUCACUUCCUUAAUCCAGCCAGUGCUACAUUUUCGCACCAGCAUGUGUGGAUAUUUCAAACCAGUCCUCACCUGCAGACAGCUAAAAGGAAUCUUUACCGAAUGGUUGAAAAUCUUCAAAAAGUAACUAACUACAACAUGAAACUUUACCUUUUGUUUUUCCCCACUUUCAUACUAAUGUGGCUUUUGAGUGGUGGUUGUCCCAGAAAAAAGGGCUCCUGGUUGGAUUCCAUCUUGAGAUGGAAAGUAACUAAGUUAAGUGGGCAAACCAGGAAUUUUAGGAAACCUUGUCUCCUGCCUUUUUGUAUUUCCAUUGACACGAUUAAGGUAGUCAGUCAUACUGAAAGAAUCUCUCUCUUCCUUGGAAAUCCUGGGAUACUGAAGUAGUUAUGCUUGAUGGCAGUCGGGCCUUUAGUCUUCCCAGUAUGGCAGAUGUCUCAAACAAUCCUUUGUGCGUUCACGAUAGUUGUUGCCAGACACUUUCUAAGCCAUCCUUUGACCGAAUUAAAACAAUUCUCCACAACUGGGAAAGGCCUGGGGGGAAGGGGGAGAGAAAUCUAUUUAAUAAAGGAGCCUAAAACUGGAAAUCUUGAAGGAUUUGCCUCUCCAUGAAGACAAAUUCAGGGCAUGAAUAAUAUUACAUCUUUCUCCCAAAAAGAUUACAAAAGCUGGAGCAUUUUAAAAAUAAUUUCCACAGUUUAGAAUUGUUCCAAAUAAGAUGGGAUGACAGUAGCCCCAAUUCUAGUCUCCCCAUCAUUCUGAAAGCUGCAGUUCUAACCUGUUGGACCCGAUGACAGUUUCACUAGUAUUAUGAUUUCACGUCAAGGCAUUAACCGGCGUCAAUAAUGUCUCUCAUACAAAUUCAUCUAUAAACUGAACCAAAACUGGCCUGGAAAAAGUUUUCCUUUUCCAAAGAAAGCUCAACAGUUAUAGCUGAAUCUCAGCCAUUGUCUAUUUAUAAAGAGAAGCAAGUACAGUGUAAAUCUUUUUUUUUUUUUAAACAAACCACCUAACUAUACUGGUUGUAUUUCAGCAGGGGUUGCAAAUUUUAGAUUCAACCAGUCUUAGCUAAGGGGAUGUACAUUUCCUUUGCAUAUGUACAUUUGUAGAUAUGUGUGUUUGUUCUUUAUCUGGAAAGAGCUCAAAAUCAACCCAGAUCUUGUUUCAGAGAUUCACACAUUCAGGUCCUGGUUGACAAGGAGAGACAAUUUUCAUGCCACUGUCUAGUUCCAGAGAAUUCCUUGGUACAUGUAUAUUUAUAACU